CAGAGGACGCAACUGCAAUGGUUUCCUCCGCUGCCUCUGAGCAAAGCUGUGCCAAACUUGUCCCUGCGCCCUGAGACGCGGCUCUUCACCUCCGCGUUAGACCAAGAGGAGGAGGAGGAGGGGGAGGAGGAAGAGAGGAGGCUAAUUUCACUCGGCGGCUCGCGAGAGGAGAGGUUUUGAAGAGGCGACGGGAAACUUUGAGGAGAAAUAACAGAGAAAUACAGCUGCAACUUCCAGCAGCAGCAGCAGCGAAGAAGAAGAAGAAGAAGACGCAGCAGGAGGAGGAGGAGGAGGAGCAGGAGAAGAAGUUUCCAGCAGCAGGAGCAGGAACAGUCCGAGCAGGGGACCGGGGAGGAGGAGUCAACAGGUCCCAGAGCUUAGGAGCUGCAAUCGAUUCAAGGGGAGAUUUCCUUGGACAAGGACAGGGAGAUUGACGUUUUUGGGAAGAGGGGCUCGACCGAGCAAUCGAUGCGGGCGGUCCACCAGCUGAAAGCCCUGUUGGCCAAACAGCACACCACUCAAACAGUCUGAACAGCAACACACGGGGCUGCUGGCGACCAACAGAGAGCCAUCAUGGCUGGGAAGGGCAACCCGCUGCCGGGCCCCCACCUCAACGGCUUCCCUAUGCCCACCUACUCCUACUUCUUCCCCCAUAUGUUGGGGAGCCUAUCGCCUCCAGCCCUGCCAGGACUGUCCCUUAGUGGGUAUAGCACCCCUUCGCCAGCCACGAUAGAGACCCAGAGUACCAGCUCAGAAGAGAUAGUGCCAAGCCCGCCCUCGCCUCCCCCGCCGCCCCGCGUCUACAAACCCUGCUUCGUGUGCCAGGACAAGUCCUCGGGGUACCACUAUGGUGUCAGCGCCUGCGAGGGCUGCAAGGGCUUCUUUCGGAGAAGCAUCCAGAAGAACAUGGUGUACACUUGUCACCGGGAGAAGAACUGCAUCAUCAACAAAGUCACCCGCAACCGCUGCCAGUACUGCCGGCUGCAGAAGUGCCUGGAAGUCGGGAUGUCCAAGGAGUCUGUGAGGAACGAUCGGAACAAAAAGAAAAAGGACGAGAAGAAGCAGGAGUGCACGGAGAGCUACGUGCUGAGUCCCGACACGGAGCAGAUGAUCGACAGGGUUCGCAAGGCACACAAGGAGACGUUCCCCUCUCUCUGCCAGCUUGGCAAAUACACUACGAGUAACAGCUCAGAACGACGCGUGUCCUUGGACGUUAACCUGUGGGACAAGUUCAGUGAACUCUCCACCAAGUGCAUCAUAAAGACAGUGGAGUUUGCUAAGCAGCUGCCCGGCUUCACAACGCUUACCAUCGCUGACCAGAUCACUCUGCUCAAAGCUGCCUGUCUGGACAUCCUGAUACUGCGGAUCUGUACACGCUACACACCGGAGCAAGACACCAUGACUUUCUCAGAUGGACUCACGCUCAACCGAACCCAGAUGCACAACGCCGGUUUUGGUCCCCUCACCGACCUGGUUUUCGCCUUCGCCAACCAGCUCCUUCCUCUGGAGAUGGACGAUGCGGAGACGGGGCUGCUCAGCGCCAUCUGUUUGCUGUGUGGAGAUCGUCAGGACCUGGAAGAGCCAGAGAAGGUGGACGUCCUGCAGGAGCCCCUGCUGGAGAUGCUCAAAAUUUAUGUAAGGAAGAGGAGGCCCCACAAACCGCACAUGUUCCCCAAGAUGCUGAUGAAGAUCACUGAUCUGAGAAGCAUCAGUGCUAAAGGCGCUGAGCGUGUCAUCACCCUGAAGAUGGAGAUCCCUGGCCACAUGCCCCCUCUCAUCCAGGAGAUGCUGGAGAACUCAGAAGGUCUGGAAAGUGUCGCUGCGAGCAGCCGGCCAAGCGGCGCCCCCCCUGGAAGCUGCAGCCCCAGUCUCUCCCCUAGCUCUGCCCAAAGCAGUCCAGCCACACAAUCGCCAUAGUAACGGCCCACCUUUUAAAAAACAAACAUGUCCUCACAAUGCUCUGUCUCCUCCCUCGGUGUUCUGAAGAGGAGGAGCGAGGGAGGGGGGCCUGGACUCUGACUGCUGAGCACAGGAGACUGGCAGAGCCAUCCUCCUCCUCUCCUAGGACACAAACCCCCUUCACCUCCUGACCUGCUUUCCCUCACUCUGGAGCACCGUCUUGACUCGAGGGGAGGUAAGGCCGGGCCAGGGCAGGCCGGGGCGUCAGGAUGGCUCCUGAGAGACCACACCGUAAACACUGCUGAUGACUCCUCCAUCUCCCUCCACUCUCCUCUCCAUCGCUGCUCCUCCCCUCUCCACCUCUCUCCAAAAGACUGAUGAAAUGGAAUCUGGAUGCAGUGGAGACCAGUGUUGAAUGGAACUGAGACUUGGUGGGACAUCAUGGGACAAAUAUAUGGACAAGGACAAUGCAUACAGACUGAUUUGACGAACACCAGACACUUUUUGUUGUUGUUGUAUUCUGAGGCAGACUGCGAAAUCGGGACUUGUCAAAAGACCUCCCCGACCACCCCUCCUCCUCCUCAAAGACUUUGGGUCUUUUUUUUUCUCUUUUUCCAACUUAAAAAAUUAAAAAGAUUUCAUACAAAAUAUAUAUAAAUAUAUAUAGAAAAGAUAAGGAACUAUUGUGUUUGACAUGUCCAGAAGAGAAUGAAUGGCAGAUUGAAAUGAGGACAUGUCUCUUGAGAUUAGAAACUGUUGUACUGCUUCACUGUUUGAAUCUUUUCAUACCCUUCAUGAGUAUUGAGAGAGAUGUUUCCGUUUUAUCACAUUUGUAAAACAAUUCUAAUUAACAAAAAGCAAAAAGAUGAUAAAAUGUCUCUCCAGUCUACACAUACAGUACAAACACACACACACACACAAACAUACACAAACGUGCACAGAAAACAAGUCUCAAUGAGUAUCACCUACUAUUCCAGGUUGGAUUUGUUUUCCUUUUUUCUUUUUCUUUUUUUUUUGCUUCCAAGAGAAUGGAUAAAAAUGAUUGUAUGAACUCGGUUGUAUGAUAUGGUCACAGGUCCUUUCAAGAAAUCAAAUUAAUGAAGAUUCAUUAUUAAGGUGUAUUUUAAGUAGCCUUUGAGUUUGUGUAUAUAAGCUGUAUUCAUUUCUUUAAAACUAUGAAGAGUUUUAGGCUUCACCUGAUUUUUUUUUUUUUUUUAAGAACACCUGUGUUUUUUUUGUUUAUAGGUUUGUGAUUCAAGAAAAGACAUUUGAGCACAUUUUACUGAAGGAAGUUCUUUCGUGUUUCGUGUCCUACUAAAUACUGGACAGACCCUUAACCAAUCACUGGCUGUUCAGAAUGUGGCUUUCACAAACAAUUUCAACCUUUGCCCCCUUCCCCCUCACUUUUAAAUCAUGUUUUUACGUACAGUAGAUAACAGAGUAGCACUCCACUCGGGGCAAAGCUUUCUUUUGUUGUUAUUCCGGCCAUGUAGCAGAAAGAGAUGGUGUUUCAUGAAAAUGGUGGCCACAUGCAGUCAGCCAGAUUCACGUGAGCUACAGCAGCCCAGCUUCAAACGAGAGUUAAAUGUGAAGAAUGGUGUACAUACACACUGUAUUAAACACAAGUGAUUCUC